ACAACAACUCUUCUUCUCCAUCUUUCAAUUUCUUCCUAUUUCAAUGGCUGCAACUGCAAUCUCUUCCCUUUCCUUACCAGCGUUGGGUCAAUCGGACAAGAUCUCCAAUUUCGCACCUUCUCGUCCUCUCGCCUCCACAAUUCGCAUCUGCACCAAGUCUUCUCGCCACUCUUUGACUUCGCGUUCCACUUCGAGAUCUCUUAUUCACUGCAUGUCCACUGUUACCGAUGUGCCUCCGGUAUCAGAGACAAAGUCGAAUUUCCUAAAAGCUUACAAGCGACCUAUCCCGAGUAUCUACAACACGGUUUUGCAGGAGCUCAUUGUACAGCAGCAUUUGAUGAGGUAUAAGAAGACUUAUCGUUACGAUCCUGUUUUUGCACUUGGCUUUGUCACUGUAUAUGAUCAGCUCAUGGAAGGAUAUCCGAGCGAUCAAGAUCGAGAUGCCAUUUUUAAAGCUUACAUUGAAGCCUUGAAUGAGGAUCCUAAACAAUACCGAAUUGAUGCUCAGAAGAUGGAGGAAUGGGCAAGAAGUCAGACUUCUGCUUCACUAGUUGACUUUUCCUCUAGAGAAGGAGAAAUUGAAGCACUUCUUAAGGACAUUGCAGGAAGAGCUGGGAGUAAGGAGGGGUUUAGUUACAGUAGGUUCUUCGCCGUUGGGCUCUUUCGUUUGCUUGAGCUUGCAAGUGCUACUGAUCCAACUGUCUUGGACAAGCUUUGUGCUUCCCUAAAUAUCAACAAGAAAAGCGUGGAUCGGGACCUGGAUGUGUAUCGUAACCUGCUGUCAAAGCUUGUCCAAGCCAAGGAAUUGCUUAGGGAGUAUGUCGAGAGGGAGAAGAAGAAGCAAGGGGAGAGAGCCGAAUCCCAGAAGGCUAAUGAAACAAUCUCCAAGUGUCUUGGAGAUACUCUAUAUAACCCAUCUUUCUUGGUUGAAUGGAAAUAGUAAAAAAUCAGUUGUGACUUU